AUGGGCUGUCCGCGACAAGGACGAUUAUUUGUGGAAUUGCAGGAUUUUGCUUCCACGGGAUGUUAUUAUUCCCUUUCUUUCAAGACCAAAGACGAGCAUGUUCCAUCCCUAUUGACUUGUAUUGCCAUCCUCGACAUGAUUGUCCACGACAUAGGUGUUCCGCAUUGUGACUGCAGAUUUUGCGUUUCGCGUCCACCUUUGUCGUGCGGGGGAGUAUUGGAGAUAUCUUGGUUAGGUUUAUUUGAGUUUGAGGAAACAGCUUAUUGUAAUGGAGAAAAUAAUCUUGUGUUGUGGGUGCUAGAAGAUGCUGGAAAUCACAAAUGGUCCAAGCAGGCCUACGAAUUGCCUCUUUUUAGCCGCAGCAGAAGGAAAGGGUUUGUUGGAAUGACUGCUACAGGUGACAUCGUGCUCUCGUUGUCCGGGUGCAACGACGGAUCAAAGCCUUACUUUGUUUACUUCUUCAAUCCCGAGAGGAAAACCUUUGCAGGAGUCAAUAUUCAGGAAUUUGAUGAAGAGUUUGAGAAUCGUAAUACUAUUGGCAUCUUUCUAGACUAUGUGGAGAAUCUGAAGUUUAUGUAG